AUGUCGUGUCCGGCACCGUUGCCGCCGUGGGCGGACGCACGCGCGAGGCGAAAAUUCACACUCGAAGCUUUGCCGAACGACGGCACGCACGCGAGAUGCCACGUGCUGCGCAAGCGCGGGCCGCUCGGCGUCUUUCCGACGUACGUGCUGUAUUUGGACGGACGCGAGACCACGACGGCGACGCUGGGAGACGCGGUGCCCAUCUUGGUCGCGCGAAAGCGUAAAAAGUCGAAGUGCACGCACUACGUCAUCGGGGACGACGGCGCCGAGCGUGCGGUGAAUGAGGCGCACGCCAGCUACGUGGGCAAGCUCAAGGCGAAUUUCAUCGGCACGCACUUCGAGUUGUUAGACUCCGGUGUCAGACCGCGCGCGUGGGGCGCGCCUCGACAUCUCGACGACGAAGCUGACGACGAAGAGCAAGGGCCACCGCGUCGCGCGCUGGCGAACAUUCGAUACGCCGUCAACGUUCUGGGCGCCGGCGGUCCGCGCGCGCUCUCCGUGUCGCUCCUCGGCGACGACGUCGAUGAUCCGAACGCCGUCGCGCACGAGCUCGAAAGCGCGCGCCCGACCUGGAAUCCAUCCGCGCAGGCGUACGUCUUAAACUUCAACGGCCGAGUCACGCGUCCGAGCGUGAAAAACUUCCAACUGGUUUCCAGCGGGCUCGCCGCCGCGGGCGCGCCGUCCCGAGCCGACGCCGAGUCCCGCACUCUCACGCGCGGCGUCUUACAGUUCGGCCGCGUCGAUGACGACCUAUUCACUCUGGACUUUGCGCAUCCCCUGAGCCCGCUCACCGCCUUCGCCGCGUGUCUCAGCGCGUUUGAAUCCAAGUUCGCGCGCGAGUGA